AUGGUCACCGCAGCCAAGGCCCAGGGACGUGCCAGCUCCAAGGAUGCGCGGCCGGUGCAGCCUAGCGACGCCAGUCGUUCCGAGUACGUUGAGGGUGAUCCAGCCAACUCAACAAGGAGUCACUUUCUUUCCGAAGUGUCGCAAGCAGAGAGUGAGCACCUGGCCCCUCUGAGCUUCGGCGAGCAGCUGGUUCUGGAGACCUAUCUCCGGUACCGGGGCAGGAGGUACGACCGCCAGCGCCAGGACACCUUGUCCCAGCCGCGGAAGAUCAAGCCGCCGCCCCCGGAGGAGCGCCCAGGCCGUCAGCAGAAGCCUUUGGACAAAGACCAGUUGGGCGACCUCAUCGAUCGCCUUGCAAAGCCCAAGAGGGGGAAAGUGGUCGAGUCCGGUGAGCACUUGGCUCUCCAGGCGUCGCGCCAGGAGAUGGUGAAGCAGAAAGCCAUCCAGGCGCGGGACGUCGAGGCAACUUUCGCUCGCCUCUCGGCGCCGAAGGCGGCGCGCGGGUAUGACCCCACGCCGGGGGAGAAGGUCUGCCUGAUGUACAACCAGCACGCGGGGAGAAGCGUCAACUUCGAGCGGCUGGCGGACAUGGCGAAGCCAAAGAAGCGGACAGGAGCUGCGGAAUCUUGGGCCCUGACGUCCAUCAGCGGCAAGGACGAUCGGCCGGACUGGUGA